AAAAUAUGUAAAAUUGAAAAGGCACAAAGUUAUUAGCUGAACAACCUGACAGACGACUGGCGGAGCAGAACAGAGCAGGCUUUGAUUUACAAAUUGAAGUGAACGACAUCUCCGUGCGGGAGAGUUUGAGCUUGGAAUCGUCGUCGGAGUCAAAGACGAAGAAGAAGUGUGUGAUUUGGAGAUGGCUACGGCGGCGUUAGAGAAGCUUCUGCAAGUAGGCACUAAGAUCGUCGGAGUUGGCAGAAACUAUGCCGCUCACGCCAAGGAACUGGGGAACGCCGUCCCCAAGGAGCCUGUGCUUUUUCUCAAACCGACGUCGUCUUAUUUGGAAAACGGAGGCACAAUCGAGGUCCCUCCCCCUCUGUUGUCGUUGGACCAUGAGGUGGAGCUGGCCGUCGUCAUCUCUAAGAAAGCUCGAGAUGUUUCGCAGGCCACUGCCAUGGACUACGUUGCCGGUUAUGCACUUGCUCUUGAUAUGACUGCCAGAGAAAUUCAAGCUUCUGCUAAGUCUGCAGGUCUUCCAUGGACCAUAGCUAAGGGGCAGGACACCUUCACACCAAUCAGUUCCUUGCUACCCAAGGAAAUGGUGCCAGACCCGGACAAUAUAGAGUUGUGGCUGAAGGUAGAUGGAGAAUUGAGGCAGAAAGGCUCAACCAAGGAUAUGAUAUUUAAGCUCCCAUUUCUCAUCAGCCACAUAAGCUCCAUUAUGACACUUCUUGAAGGAGAUGUAAUACUAACAGGCACUCCCAAAGGUGUUGGCCCAGUUAAAGUAGGUCAAAAGAUAACUGCUGGCAUAACGAACCUCCUGGACGUUGAAUUCAAUGUUGAAAAAAAGCAGAAGCAAGGAAGCUCUUGAGCUGAUUGAAUUUUCUACCAGGUGUUAUUGCAUUUGACAGUUCCAGCAGGAAAAAGAAAAUAAUUUCAACUGAAACCAGAGAACUGGAGUGAGCAUGGAUGCAGACACGAAGCUGUUGCAGUCUUGGUUAGCAUAAACUCUCAAUUCAGUUCAAGGAUCUUGCAAGGUGGUAAUUAAACAUGUCCAUUUUUUUCGCUCUUCAUGUUGGGAAUGAAUGGAGUGGUAAUAAGGAAUUAGUCGUAGAAAUAACUUGGGAUGGCAAAAAACUUUUCCACAGUUCUGAAUUUGGCACGCAAGAUGUCAGAGGUGCAAAGAAUUUUGGUGCUCUUUUAUUAUUA